GAUUGAACGCGCACCAGUUGCAGACCUACCUCACCUUUCCUAGCAUUACCAGUUCUACUAGCAGACUUGUAUAGACAAGAGUAGUAAAAUACUCGAACGGUACUUGGGAGAUCGUAUUGAUAAUUAUAUCGUAUAAUAAUGGAGUUCAACAACCAUUAUGAUGAGGUACAGAAGACCGUCAAUGACGCGUCGCCAACCACAGAGGAACGCGUGGAAGUCGCCGACACAUCAGCGUAUAAACUAAAAUUUGGUCGGCAUGAAGCUCAUAAACGUCAUGAUACUAUGGGCGAAAUAGUCCAAAACGGUACUGAUACUAUGAAAUUUAAGUACAAUCACGACAACGAUUUUGUUGAUAGCCGGUUUAAAGAAUUGAUCCCACAUCCUGAAGUUGUUGGUGUACUUCAAACUGAUAAAUAUGGGAAUUCUGUGAAGCGGGAUCUCAAAUUCCAUCACAGCACUCUAUGAUUGUACGAUGUGAAGGUGGUUGCUGAUCCUGUAAAGUGCAAAUUUCUUAUCAAUUAUCUUAAUGACGAUAUUACAUUAAUG